CCUCUGAUGGUGGGCGUGUGCGUUACGGAAACAGUAGCCGAAAUAAAUGCGGCUCCUUACCACCAACGAGGAAACCGGGUUAGCAGGUGAGGGCGCAGUUAGCCAUGUAUAUAGUGUUACGUAUGGAAGUGUGUCAAGGUUUUCGUCGCGUUAACUAAUUAACAUUCGUUCAAAGUUAGGUACUUGUCAUUUUUAAACAAAGGUUGUACCGCCAUAGAUUUGCUGCUGGUAAACAGGCUUCUUUUAUCUACACCGGAGGCUGCUUUUUAUUUUACCUUCCGGGUUCUGUUUAAGUACUCGGUAUUUGUGGUUCAGGUAGAACCGGUUCUGAGUAACAGAUUAAUCCGUGUGAACUGUCAGUAUACGGGAAAGGAAACAUGUCAGGCUUUGGUCGCCGAAUUAGGAGUCGUUUAGAGAAAGCGUGUCAUUAUCUGCCCAUUGUAGUGAACACCGUGCUCGUGCUGUCAAUCACCGGCGAAGUUAGUUAUUUGGUGGUGGUCGAGGCACCUCGGGAAGCCGAGCAGAAGGAGAGCGAGUGGUCGGGGGUGUGGAAGGCACUCCACCUCCUGCUGCAGUACUUCAUGCUGGGGAACAUAACGUGGAAUGCCAUGCUGUUCCUGAGGACCAGCCCGAGCAUCCGCGGCGUCUUCCUCGACGGAGACAACGUGGGUCAAGGCUGGAGGUACUGCUAUACCUGUGAGACGCACACCCCUCCGCGCUGCUCGCACUGUUUCGACUGCAACGUGUGCGUGCUACGGCGUGACCACCACUGCGUCUUCUUUGGCCAGUGCGUGGGCUUUCGAAACUACCGCUACUUCCUGAGCAGCCUGUUCUUCAUGUGGGCGGGCUUGCUGUACGCCGUCGUCAUGAACGCCGAGGUCUUCAUUGUCAUCCUAAAGGAGGGCGUUACCUUGCACAGUGUCAUGCUGCUCAUGGUGCCCUGGAUCAUGCUCGUCUCUGGUCAGGUGACGGCUGGUGCCUUUGCCUUCGCAUUCAUCGCAGACACAUGCGUGGUGGGCUUUCUGUUAGUGGCUGGUUUCCUCUUCUUCCACGUGGGCCUGAUGCUGCGGGGCCAGACCACCAGGGAGUGGUAUUCAAACCGUCGCCCCUACAGCCUGGGUGUGUUGGCCAACAUCCGAGAGUGCCUUGGACAGCGGUGGUACCUUUGCUGGCUCUGUCCUCUCAUCGCCUCCCCACUUCCUGGGGAUGGCAUCCACUUUCAAGUCACAGGGUCUCUGGAGCCAAUCGAUUCUUCAAGGUAACGUGAUGUGCAACUGUCGGCUCUGAAAUCCCAAUGGUUUUGUCAAAGCCUUAGAAAGGAAGUAGUCUGUCUCUUCCCUUGAAGUAAAGACUGUCUCAAACUUUAUAUUUAAAGUUUAAAUGUUCUGUGAUGAGCCCAGAUAUACAAGAUGCAUGGAGAAAAAAACACUGAAAAUAAAAUGGACACUAUCCUGCACUCCAAUACAGUUUUUUAUAUUGUACGAUUGGCAUCAAAAUUGAAUGGAUUGCACAAAUAAAUUUAAAUUAAAUGGAUUCCACUUUUGUUUUUUUUUUCACUUCAUCACUAAACAGUAUGUCCAAGAGAAGUGUUUCAUCCUCAUUUAAAUUGAGUUUUUUUUUCUUUUGAGUGAAAGCAAAAUGUAUAAUCAAUUGAAAAAUAUGACUUUUCUUAUUUACCCUUAUGUUCAAAAUGUAUUCCCUCCUCUUUACCUAAAUGUUGCCUUGUUGGCAAAAUUUAAGACUCACUAAUAUUCCACUGGUACUGUUUAUUUUAGGAAAAAAAACAAUAAAGAAACCAAUUCAUUGUUUAAACGCCAACUGUUCUGAACACUGCUGUGUAUGUAUAUUAUUACAUAGUGAAUAUUACUGUUGUUUUUUGCCCCGAUGACAUUUGUUUGAAGUGCCUGUCCCAUCAAAGCAUGCCCUUUAAACUGUUGGGGAUUUCAGAAGUUUGAUUCUGUCUGAAAGAGCAGCCAUCAAUGAACUCUUUAGGGCAACUGACCUACUGUGUUACCUCAGUGCCACAAGUAGGGUGUGGGCUGGAAGUGCGAACAUUGUGUGUCAUUCUGUUUGUCAUUGUCUUUGCCACUGCUGUCUACUAAAUGAGUCACUUCUCAGUCCAGUGAAUGUUGCCCAUUUUUAUGUUCAGUUAUUCUCCAGAUCUUACCCUGUCUCUUUGUUGCUCAGUGGCAUAAACAGGCAACAAACUCAAAUUCAAUGCCAAAUAAUAAUUAUAUUUAGUGUAAAAGCUUGUCAAGACUACUUUCGUGGUCUUACUUGGUUUCUUCUGUUUAUGUAAAAGUAUCAGUUAAAUAUCUAUAAUUACUGUGAAAGUACUGGAUGUUUCACAAUACCCACAGCAUUUGUAUGUGGUAUUCUGUGAUACCGAAUGUGUCCAUUCUUAUCGUUUUGAAUGUUUUGAGAACCUGCCUAUGAACUAGUUGGUUUAGUUAGCCGCUAUACAGUAGCAGAAAUUGCAAGUUUGUUCACUAGAGCCUGGUGAUCAAUCCUAGCUGUGAAUUAGAUCCAUGUAAAAUUUUCUUUUAAUCAAGGAGACAAUUAGUUUAUUUGCUAGUUGUAAAAAUAAAAUCUCACGAACAAAGUCUUAAAUUGUGACGUCAAUAAAUAAAACCAAUGGGGUAUUUUUGGUUGUUCACCAAUCCUCACUUCAAUAGUAGCAUACUGUAUUACUUUGUCAGGCAGCCAGAUAUCAGUGAUUUAAGUUUAGACUAGAAUCGUUUAAAGAAAUUCAAAUGGUUUUUUAAAAAAAAAAAAACAUGCAAAAGUUCCGUAAACUGUGAUUAUAUGGCUGGUACUCGUGAUAUGUUUGGACAUAUUUAUUGUUCCUAACGCGUAAUGUAUUUUGUUAUAUUUUGAAAGACCUACAAUUAUUUUCCAGAUGAAUUAAACCAAAGGAUACUGUUAUGUUGUACGUAACAACCAUUUAGCUGUUUCAGCCUUUUUCCUAUUUGUCUAUCAAGCCCAGAAAUACAUUGAAUGCGUAUGUAGGCAUUUGAAGUUGUUUUAAGCAAGUUGGAUGAUAUAACAUUUUCUUUUAGAUAAACCCUUGUGCAGCUGCAAGUUUUAGGGGUAGGCAUGAAUGUUAAGUGUAUUUUUAAACAUUUUAAAAACAUUUCGUAGCGAGUUAAUGAAGUAUGGGCACUAUGGUUGUACGUCGUCAUUGUCAACUGAAGAGUUUUUCCAUUGAGCCUUUCCGACAUUUCUUUCAGGUUUUCUUAGAAGGGAAUAGUUAUUUAUUGUCAUUGAGCCAUUGCACUAACGGCCUGUUUGCCUUAGCCCAAUGUUUUUGUUGCUUUUUACACGUAUUCUGGUUUAUUUUCAAAGAACCGGUGCCAUUAUGCGUAUCUAGCGCUCAAGCAGCUGUCUUCUGAAAUUCCCUCCAUUGAAUGUCAUUUCUCGUGUUUCUUUGUUAUUCCCCGGAUUAAAAUAAAUGUUUUGAUACUU